GAUCGUAGGAGUAGAGUUCAUACGCUAAUACGAUAUAUAGCAGGGGCAGUUCGAUAAGCCCUAGGAAGCUUCGCUGCUCCUCUCAUGGCGUCGUCCUCCUCCUCCCUCCUCCUCCCCCUCUCCUCCAUCUCCGGUGACGGCGCCGCCGCGCUCCGCCGAGGUCCCAACCUCCCCCUCCGCACCCCCUUCCUCUCUCUCCCCCCUCGCCCCCUCGCCCCAAGACACUCCCCCCUUGUACUCGCCCGCGCCAGGGGGAGGGAGAACGACCCCGAGCCGCCGCAACAGUCGAAGAACCCUAAGGAGUCGACCCAGGCGGCGUCUUCUUCUUCUCCGGCAAAGGCGGGGGCGGAGGAGGUGGAGGAGGUGGAGGAGGAGCUCCCGUGGAUCCAGGAGAAGGCGCUGGAUCUCGUGGAGUUCACCGGGACGGUGACCCAGGCCAUACCCGGGCCUAGGGUUGGGCAUAGCCCCGUGCCGUGGCUCCUCGCCGUGCCCCUCGCCUACGUCGGGCUCUCCUUCGUCUUCGCAUUUGUGAAGACCGUUCGGAAGUUCACGUCACCAAAUGCCAAGCGCAAGAGACUGGUGAAUAAAAAUGCGUUCUUGUUGAAAUCGAUAGACGAGUUGUUCUCAAAGGGCAAGGAAGAUGUAACUCAUUCAGCUCUUAUAGGGCUUAUGCAAAAGACAGGUUUUACUAUGGACGACCUUUUAAGAAAGUACAUCAGAUACACUUUGAAUGAGAAACCAUUCAAUCCUGAUGUGGUUGUCGAUCUCAUACAUCUUCGAAAGGCAUCGAUGCUGGAAGAUGCCCAGGUUGCAGAAGUUUUAAAUGAGACUGCAAGGCGAAUUGUUAAGGAGAAAGGGCCGGUAGUUAUGGACCUUUCAGGAUUUACAGAGAAAGGUUUUAAGCGAAAGCUUGCUGUGCAAGCCCUGUUUGGGAAGAUCCUUUAUCUAUCUGAGCUUCCGGAGUUCUGCUCGCGAGACAGCUCGUUGAUAAUCAAAGAAAUUUUCGGAGUAACAGAUGAGGAUGCGAACACCCUUCGAAUUCACACCCUUUCUGAGAUUGACGAUGUCGAGUCGAUUAAGAAGAUGGUCGACGAUUCCGAAACGGAAGAAAGUGAAGAAGGUUCUUUGGCUGCUUCAGGUGAUGAUGACUUGAAAUCCGAAGAAUAAAGUGUUCAAGUCGAACAAAUUUUAUCGAAAAUUAGUUAAUAGGCAGAGCAGAAAGUGGUUCCAGGCAUCGAACUCCUCCUUUCCCUUUUAUUUGUUCCGUAAAUCCAUUGAGAGAGGAAAAAGAACAAAUCGACAUAUUACGGGUUUUGUAAAUUGCUUUUUUGAGCCAAUAUAUGCAGUUUCAUUUUAAUGGUGUGAUUCAGCCUCUUCUGAGGUCACUAUAUA